CUCUCGACAGUACUUCGUUCUUAUCGCUCUGUUUCUCUCUCUUCUCAAUCAAAAGUUCAAACCCUAGAUCUCAUCCUCUACAGAAACCCUACCUUUGUUCAAAACCCUAGAUUUCAACCUCUGCAGGAAUCCAUUCUCUGUUCGAAAACAAGAAAUUUCCGAUGGGUACUUUCGAUGGUUUACCAAAAGAGAUGAGGUUAGAGAUUUUAACUCGUGUACCAACACAAACAGUUCUCGACUGCAAAUUAGUGUCUAAAUCGUGGAUGCAGAUUGUUCGUCAUCCAUCCUUCGCUCGGAAACAAUUGAAGCAACUCAAUGGUUCUGAUUCUGGUAAGUUGAUGGGUAUAAUGUUAUUUCAUAAAACACCAGGGCUUGAAGAAUAUACAGAGUAUGAUGAUGAGAGUUCUUCUCAUGGCACACCACCCUUUAGCAAAGCAAGAAGGUUCAAUAUAAUAUCUCCAUUUGAACACUAUGAAAUUCUUGACUCAUGUAAUGGCUUAAUUUGUUUCAAUGCACUCCGUAGUGGUUAUCCUUACGCUGCUUUUCUUCCCCUUGCGGACCGUCUCGUAUAUUAUGGACCUUCUUUUAUCUGCAAUCCUGUUACUAGAGAAAUUGUGGUACUUCCAGAAUUUGAAGGGGAAGACUUGUUAACUGGAUUUGGUUACUGUUCGUCGACUAAUGAGUAUAAGGUUGUUGGAAUCCGUAGCUGCAAGAGAGAAGCACAUUACGGAGUUGUUCAGGUAUACACUCUUGGGAGUGGCAAGGGAUGGAGAAAUGUUGGAAAGAUGGACUAUAAGAUGACAGGUGAUAUACGGAAAGCUGUACGGCGCGGUGUAUUAGCAAAUGGAGCUCUUCACUGGGUGGACGUGGGAGGAACCGUUCUUACCUUUGAUUUGGCCAAUGAAAAGCUUAGCGUAAUUCCAUCGCCACCCAUGUAUGAACCUGGGGGAUUCUAUAAUUUAGUAGUUUUGGGUGAUUGUUUAUCGGCCAUUUAUAUGCAUGAAAAGGAAGGCAUAUGGUUAUUGAAGCAGAGUAACGAUAAUAGUGGCAGGCCUUGGAAAAAAGAGUUUAGCCUUGGACUUAGGGCACCAAUCACAUCUACGAAGAGUGGUCGGUUUUUAUGCUAUGGUCAAGUUAGUGGCAGUAUCUAUCGCAAGGAUCCAAAAACUUCAUCUUCCGAGUUGCUUGAGAGUUUUAGUAGGUCGGUUUGUCUAUUUAUUCCUCACAGGAAUACCUUAAUUUCACUGAAAGAAUUAGGAGAAAAAGAUACACAAAGAAUGGAAUCUGUUGAAAGGGAAAGGUCAAGUCAGGAGAUGCAGCCAGCCUUUGUGAGGUUGGUGAUAAAUUAAUGAAUGCAACGCUUGCAAGCUUGGGUGGAAUUCACAGAAACCUUGGAGUUGUCAAGUUUGUCAUUGAGGAAAGCCGGCCACUUUUAUUAACUUCAACUAUAAUAGUCUUUAACUUUUUUGUCACAAACUUUAUUGAACGCUAUCUUUCACGAUUUCUUUCUCUCUUCGUGAAACUCUUUUCUGAGUUGUAGCUUAUGGACCUUGGUAUCUCUUUGGAGAUUAUCUUCUGGUUUCAUAUACAUUUCCCUAAGUUUGCCUUGCCUGUUUCCCUGCUAUAGAUUUUCUCAUUUCCCUUGUAACUUCUUGUCUUGGGGUUCGACCUGACGUCCAUCU